AUGGCCAGAUCCACACUCAUCACCGAAAUCUUUCUUAGAACCACUCAGGUUCGUAUUGAUAUCUCUGAUGAGAACGCUGCAGUGACUCUCAUGAGUACCGAUAUGGAACGUAUCGAUAUCGGCUUCAGAUCUUUGCACGAGGUCUGGGCCAGUGUCGUGCAAGCCGCUCUUGCCAGUUGGCUUUUGUACAAGCAACUGGGCAUAGUUUUCGUGGCUCCGAUCGGCAUUGUGAUUGCUUCCUUCACCGUUCUCGUAAUCUUCAUGAAGUUUGCCGGAGACUCUCAAAGAGCAUGGAUGACUGGAGUUCAGAAAAGAGUAGGCUUGACUGCGACUGUCAUCGGUAGCAUGAAAAAUCUGAAGCUCUCUGGGCUUUCGCAAGCCGUUGAGAGUUUCAUCCAGAACCUUCGAGUUGAAGAACUUGCUUCGGGUGCCCGCUUCCGCAAGUUGGUCAUCAUCGCUGCGUUCCUUGGAUUUUUACCAUUUUUGCUUGGACCGCCUUUGACUUUCGCUUUUGCACAGAGGUCACUGGAUGUUUCGAAGACGUUCACUAGUCUCUCGUACUUGACACUGUUGACUACUCCGCUCACACAGGUCUUCCAAACGGUGCCACAAGUUUUAUCUGGGCUGGCCUGCUUAAGUCGUGUUCAAGGUUAUCUGGAAUGCGACACCCGCGAAGACUUCCGUAAGUUGCUGAGCAAGACCCUACAAUACCCGGAGAAGACCGGAGGUGGUGCUCAAGCUCAAUCCAAACAACCCGAGCCACCGAGUGUGAUCGAAAUCCAAGACGCCAAGUUCGGAUGGGAAGCAGGCAAAUAUGUCCUCCGCGAUGUGAGCACUCACAUCAUGAGGUCAGCUCUCACAAUUGUCGUAGGACCUGUCGGCUCAGGAAAAUCAACGUUUUGCAAAGCACUUCUGGGCGAGAUUCCUUUCUGCGAAGGCGAUGUGACGCUAAGCAAUAGCGUCCCGCAUGUCGGUGUUUGCGAACAAACAGCGUUCCUCUCCAAUGGAACCUUGAGAGAUAACAUCGUCGAUUUCUCUGGUUACGACGCUCAGCGCUACGCCGAGGUGAUAGAAGCCACAGCACUAUCGCUCGAUCUCGACACACUCCCCCAGGGCGAUAUGACAAACAUAGGUUCUGAUGGUAUAACAUUAUCCGGUGGGCAGAAGCAACGUGUCUCGCUUGCUCGAGCCCUCUACUUACACACAGAUCUACUCGUUCUUGAUGAUAUUUUCAGCGGUUUGGAUGCCGAGACCGAAGAGAAAGUCUUCAGUCGUGUUUUUGCCUCUGAUGGCAUACUCAGGCGACGCCAAACAACUGUCGUGCUCUGUACACAUAGUGUCACUCAUCUUCCUUCUGCUGACCACAUAAUUGCUCUUGGCGAUGGUACUGUUGUGGAACAGGGCAACUUUGAAAAGCUAAUGAAGCAUCAAGGCUAUGUUCAGCGAUUGCGGUCAUGGGAACCUUCGGCAAGGAAAUCUCCCGUUGACAAGUUAUCAUCGAAGAGUGCUACGCAGAAGCCAAGAAUCUCCACGCUGCACAAGUCAACAUCCCGAGCAUCAUCUCUGACGUCCGAGAAUCAAGCUGCAAGACAGAAUGGCGAAGCAACUGUUUACAAGCACUACCUGAAAGCCAUGGGCUGGGUCCUGGCGAUGCUUGCAGUGUUUUUUGCUGCUCUCUGGGGAUUCUUCACGAACUUCCCAACAAUUUGUGAGUUCUAA